CAAUGGAACAAAAAAAAUAGCAGUGGUGGUCGGGGAUUAUAUGUUUCAGGGAAGGACAGAGUUGUUUUUAGGCGUCCGGGGAAGAAAUCUGUCUUGGGUUUCGAUGUCCAUGCUAAUGCGAAACGGGAAGGGUUUGGGGGCGGUGAUGGCGGAUUCGAGGCACCGAGAGAUUGUGAGGGUAGGUAUGAUUACGACAGGGAAGAGCAUGGUAGUAGGAGGAGAGAUUGCAAAGAUGGUAGUGGUAGUUAUGGUAAGGAUUCUUGUCGUCGAAGGAAAGCAAGUGACGGGUAUGAACAUGAUCAAUGUGGUGGACAAUAUGGAAGAAAGCGGAGUAGAUGUAAUUUUUCUGGUUCUGAUGCUUCUCCGUGGGAUCUCAUCUCAUCGUCUCCAGUUCGAAUUUGUCCUUCUGGAGACGCGGUUAAAUUUUCAAGUUCGAAACAUGGUGUGAGUUCUCGUAAAGUUGCCUUUCACUCAGAAAAUUCACAAUCAUUCAAGGAUGGAGAAGGAGACAUGGCUGAUUUGGAUGAAGGACAGAAAUAUGAGAUAAGCGAAAGCAUGCGUCUAGAGAUGGAAUACAAUUCUGACCGAGCAUGGUAUGAUAGGGAAGAAGGAAACAUAAUGUUCGAUACAGUUGAUAGCUUAUCUUUGUUUUACGGAGAUGAUGCUUCUUUUCAAAAGAAGGAAGCAGAGUUGGCGAAAAGAUUGGUUCGAAGAGAUGGAACUAAGAUGACCCUUGCUCAGAGCAAAAAGUUGUCUCAGCUCACUGCUGAUACUGCGCGGUGGGAGGAUCGUCAACUUAUAAGAUCUGGUGCUGUUAGAGGGACUGGGUUGCAGACUGAGCUCGAUGAUGAAGAAGAGCACAAAGUUAUUCUUCUUGUACAUGAUACAAAUUUAAAGCCUCCUUUCCUUGAGGACAGUGUAAUUGGAAAGGACGGAACUGCUGUUUUUACCAGGCGAGCAGAGACGAUAAUGCCAAUAAAGGAUUCCACAUCCGAUAUGGCCAUAAUUUCUCGCAAAGGGUCUGCUCUCGUUAGGAAAAUUCAUGAGAAGCAAACUAUGAACAAAUCGCGUCAACGUUUUUGGGAGCUUGCAGGUUCUAAACUAGGCGAUAUCCUUGGUGUUGAGAAAACAGCGGAGCAGAUUGAUGCAGAUACUGCUGCUGCUGGUGCAGACGGUGAAAUUGAUUUCAAAGAAGAUGCAAAGUUUGCACAGCAUAUGAAGGAUGGGGAAGCAGCGAGUGAAUUCGCAAAGUCAAAAACCAUCUCACAGCAACGACAGUUUUUGCCCAUAUAUUCUGUGAGGGAUGAUUUACUACAGGUAAUUCGAGAAAAUCAAGUUAUUGUUGUUGUUGGAGAAACUGGUUCUGGAAAGACGACUCAACUGACACAGUAUCUGCACGAAGAGGGUUACACUGUAAACGGCAUUGUGGGUUGCACGCAACCAAGACGUGUGGCAGCCAUGAGUGUUGCAAAGAGAGUUAGUGAAGAGAUGGAGACUGAGCUUGGUGAUAAAGUUGGGUACGCCAUUCGUUUUGAGGAUGUGACCGGACCAAAUACCAUAAUAAAGUACAUGACUGAUGGAGUACUUAUGCGCGAAACACUUAGAGACUCUGAUCUUGACAAGUAUCACGUAGUUGUGAUGGACGAAGCCCAUGAAAGGUCACUGAACACGGAUGUGCUGCUUGGGAUUUUGAAAACAGUGGUUGCCCGGCGGCGUGAUUUUAAGCUUAUCGUGACAUCUGCAACACUAGAUGCUCAGAAGUUUAGAAACCUUUUUGGAAGUGCACCGAUUUUUGAAAUUCCUGGGAGAACAUUUCCAGUAAGUAUCAGGUAUAGUAAAACCCCAUGUGAAGAUUAUGUUGAAGCUGCAGUGAAGGAAGCCAUAACUAUUCACAUCACUGGCACUCAAGGUGACAUCCUCAUCUUCAUGACCGGCCAGGAUGAGAUCGAGGCAGCUUGUUAUGCCCUUUCAGAGCGGAUGGAACAAAUUAUCUCCACCUCGGUUAAAGAGGUGCCAAAACUCUUGAUACUCCCUAUAUAUUCACAGUUGCCUGCUGACUUGCAAGCAAAGAUAUUCCAAAAAGCUGAAGAUGGGGCUCGUAAAUGUAUUGUGGCAACCAACAUUGCUGAGACAUCUUUGACGGUAGAUGGAAUCUCAUAUGUCAUCGACACGGGAUAUGGUAAAAUGAAAGUAUACAACCCCAAAAUGGGUAUGGAUGCUCUUCAAGUAUUUCCUAUUAGUCAGACUGCUGCUAGCCAACGUGCUGGGCGUGCUGGCAGAACUAAGCCUGGAACAUGUUAUCGGCUGUACACAGAGAAUGCGUACUUAAAUGAAAUGCUGCCAAAUCCUGUGCCAGAGAUCCAGAGGACCAACCUCGGAUAUGUGGUCUUGUUGCUCAAAUCACUUCAGGUUGAUAAGAUACUAGAUUUUGAUUUCGUAGACCCACCGCCCAAGGAUAAUAUUCUCCAUUCUAUGUACCAGUUGUGGGUGUUGGGUGCUCUUAACAAUGAGGGGCGGUUAACUGACCUGGGCUGGAAAAUGGUGGAAUUGCCGUUGGACCCUCCACUCGCUAAAAUGCUAUUGAUGGGUGAAAAGCUAGGAUGUUUAGAUGAGGUUUUGACAAUUGUGUCCAUGCUUUCAGUGCCGUCGGUAUUCUUUAGGCCCAAAGAUAGGGCAGAGGAGAGUGAUGCUGCAAGGGAGAAAUUCUCCUUCCCAGAGUCCGACCACUUGACACUGUACAAUGUUUAUCAGCAGUGGGAACGACACCAGUGUCGUGGGGACUGGUGUGAUGACCACUUUUUGCAAGUUAAAGGGCUGCGAAAGGUUAGAGAGGUGAGGUCCCAACUCCUAGAGAUACUAAAGACACUCAAGGUCAAAGUCCCACUCACAUCCUGUUGGCCUGAUACUGAUAAGGUGAGACAAGCUAUUUGCUCCGCGUACUUUCAGAAUGCGGCAAGACUAAAGGGUGUGGGGGAGUAUGUUAACUGCCGGACUGGAAUGCCAUGCUAUUUACACCCGAGCAGUGCGCUUUAUGGCAUGGGCUGCAAUCCAGAGUAUGUGGUCUAUCAUGAGUUAGUUUUGACAAGGAAGGAGUAUAUGCAGUGUGCCACUGCGGUGGAACCGCAAUGGUUGGCUGAGUCCGGACCCAUGUUCUAUUAUGUGAAGGAGUCGGAUAACUCAAUGUUGGAGCACAAGAAGAGACAAAAGGGGGAAAAGACAGCAAUGCAGGCGGAAAUGGAGAAUCUGAGAAGGGCUCGAGCAGAGGCAGAGAAAGCAAGCAAGCAGAAGGAGAGGGAAAAGAGAUCCAAGCAGCAGCAGCAGCAAGUCGUCCCAAUGCUGGGUUCGCACCAGGGCUCUUCUGCAUACUUGAGGCCGAAGAAACUUGGCUUGUAAAUAUGAAUUAUUUUGUACAAAUGAUUGAUCAGUUUAGAGUUUAUUUGGGUUGUAAUCCUACUUGUUUCCUUUGGCAUUGCGGACGUUUCUGAACCAAAUUGUGUAAUUUUGCCUAAUUCUGUUCCUUAAAUUCACCAAAUUUCGUUUUGUACUGCUA